UGCUGAGCUCUGUGCAGAUUUGCAGCGUUCCUUGGCCAGGGCUGGCCCGGGUUUCGCAGACAUUUUCUCUGCUGAAGUGCUGACACCAGGGCACACGCGCCUUGACGCCUAGCAAAAGGGAUGAAAGGGCUGACAAAGUGUUGAGGCUACCGCAUCCAUCCACUGCCGCUGCCGCUGUGUUCUAACAGGUUCAAUAAGGAGGUGACUGGGGAAAUCAAGGCAGGCUCUGCCCCGCGCCAAGGCCACACUGCAUGGGCGGGAAGGCCAACCUGCCUCCCUCGACUGCCUCUCUCUCACUCAUUUUCUGCAGCCGCAGCCCCGGGCAGGACCCCGCCAGGUGUUCACGGGCAAGACACCAAGGAGUGGCCGAUGUAAGAUCCUGGACCACAGCUCCUGCUUGAUGGGGCUCCAGUGAGGUCCGCCGCCCACGUAGUUCAUAAGCAACGUUUAAAACCUAUAUGAAAGUCCAUUCCAAAGAAGACUUACUCCUCCGAGAUGGAGAAAUACGAAAAAAUUGGCAAGAUUGGAGAAGGCUCCUACGGGGUGGUGUUCAAGUGCAGAAACAGAGACACGGGGCAGAUCGUGGCCAUCAAGAGGUUUCUGGAAACUGAAGAUGACCCUGUCAUAAAGAAAAUCGCCCUUCGAGAAAUUCGCAUGCUCAAGCAACUGAAGCAUCCCAACCUCGUCAACCUCCUGGAGGUCUUCCGGCGGAAGCGGAGGCUUCACCUGGUCCUCGAGUACUGCGACCACACAGUGCUUCACGAGCUGGAUAGAUACCAGAGGGGGGUACCAGAACAUCUCAUGAAGAGCAUAAUUUGGCAGACACUGCAGGCUGUAAAUUUCUGCCAUAAACACAACUGCAUACAUAGAGAUGUGAAGCCAGAGAACAUUCUCGUCACAAAACACUCAGUCAUUAAGCUCUGUGACUUCGGGUUUGCCCGGCUUCUCACCGGACCAGGUGACUACUACACAGACUAUGUGGCCACCAGGUGGUACCGCUCGCCUGAGCUGCUGGUGGGGGACACACAGUAUGGACCCCCAGUAGAUGUUUGGGCGAUUGGCUGUGUCUUUGCUGAGCUGCUGUCUGGAGUGCCUCUGUGGCCAGGAAAAUCUGACGUGGACCAGCUCUAUCUGAUAAGGAAAACCCUGGGGGACCUCAUUCCCAGGCACCAGCAAGUGUUUAGCACGAAUCAGUACUUCAGUGGGGUGAAAAUUCCAGACCCUGAGGAUAUGGAAACUCUUGAGUCGAAAUUUCCAAACAUCUCCUACCCUGCCUUGGGCUUCUUAAAGGGUUGCCUCCACAUGGACCCUGUUGAGAGGCUGACAUGCGAAGAGCUGCUGAAGCAUCCAUAUUUUGACAGCAUUCGAGAAGCUGGGGAUUUGACAAGACAACAUGACAAGUCAGUGAGGAAGACCCUGAGACAGAGUCGAAAGCACCUGACUGGGUUGCAGUACCUACCUCAGCUAACUAGCAGCAGCAUCCUUCCAGCCUUGGACAAUAAGAAGUACCACUGUAGUACCAAGAAACUUAACUACCAUUUUCCAAAUAUUUAAGGAACUGGCAGAGUGAUGAAGAAGUGGUCCACAAUUUGAAGAAAAAGUGUACACAUUUGAUUCCUGUAUAGAGCACACAUCAGGAGAAAACACAAACUGGAAGCUGGAGGCCACUGGGCAAGAUAUGGAGAGAAAUUCCAGAUCCAGACUUCCAUGCUUGGUGAAGAUGUCCAGAGAAGAAAUCAAAAGCUUGAUUUCACUGUGUUUGAGUAUCUAGGCAGCGGAACUACAGACAGGAUAUAAACUGUAUCUCCUGCCGAUAGCUGCGACAGUACAUGAUGGCAAAAGGACUUAUGCUUCCGUUUGCUCUGUCACAUGUGGGAAGUGAGUUAUAAAAUGCCCGUAUGUGUUUUUUUAGACCUGUGCUGCCUUGGGUCCUAUCUCUAAUGUUGUUUUCAAAUCAUAUUUAGGUAUGAUUUUAGUUCCUGAAAUCUAAAUGUCUGUGAUUCUAUUUCCUGUUUGCUCUUUCUUGAUUUCUGUGUUUUAAGACAUAUUUUAGAAUAUCUAAGUUGAUUGAAAUAUCCAAAGUCUUAAAACUUUGUAGUUUUUGUGCGUAUAUAACAGAUGAGAUACUUACAUAUCUCUUACAUAUACUUUUAUCUUUGCCCUAGGAAAGGCUGUGUCAGAAAGGGAUAGAACGAGACCCACAGAAUGAACCUGGCAGCCUGAAAAUAAUUAUCACUCUAUUCUUCAGCUCACUCUCUCACCUGAAAACUUUCUAUAAACAAAACUCACAUAUGAUCUGGAUUUAGACAGAAUUGCUUGUGAACUUUAAUUUCAAUCAGGAAACAUGUAGGUUGUUAACUGAUAUUUUCUCCUUUAAGUAUCUCUUAUUACAUUAUAUUAUAUCAUGUAUAUGUCUGUGAACACACAUUCAUACACUUGUACAUAUAUAAAGAGCAUAAUAAAUAAGGAAGUGGUAAAAAA